GCACAGAUCACGUGUUAUUGUUUAGAGCAGGAAACUGUCACCUACGUAUUGAACGGCAUACAGCGGCUCCAGGGACAUCUUCUCACUCGCUUAUGUGUACUUGGCUUUACUCUGUCCACCAUGUCUGCGGGCAGGAAUGCUUCUCCAGCAGAAACGGAAUUUGAUUAUCAGUAUGCGUAGAAGUGGAAUAAGCAAAUCCGACACGCAUCCAGCUGCUGCUGCUGCUAGCUCGCUAGGUAGCUAGCUACUGUAGCGCACCAGUCUGUGGGGAGAGAGAGCUAACCGUGGCUAGCCAGUCGCUUUCUGGCCAGCUACAGUUAACCUCCAAGACGUGGAAAUUGAUAAUUACCUGUACCUGGCUGCUAAGCCAGCUAAUUACCGACUUUUGUGUAACGUAAAAGGACGAAAUGGAGCUGUUCCAAGCCAAGGACGAUUACAUUCUUCAGAGUGGGGACCGUGCUCUGUGGUGCAGCCGAAAAGACGGGAGUAUGACCGUCAGACCUGCGACAGACCUGUUGUUAGCUUGGAAUCCAGUGUGUUUGGGCUUGGUAGAAGGUGUCAUUGGCAAGAUACAGCUUCACACAGAUCUUCCUCUCGGCCUCGUAUUAAUCCGUCAGAAAGCACUCGUGGGUCAUUUACCAGGCAACCACAAAGUCUAUAAGAUCACCAAGAUAGCUGUCAUUCCUCUGUCUGACGAAGAGCCUCAGGAGCUCGAGCUGGAGCUUUGCAAGAAGCAUCACUUUGGUAUCGACAAACCAGAGAAACUGGCCCAGUCCCCUGAUGAGUCAAAAUUCUUGAUGAAAACUUUCAGCCAGAUCAAAUCUAAUGUUGCUGUGCCCAUCAAGAAAAAGUGUUCCCCUGCCUUCCAGGUCAAGGAAAACAAAGAGAAGGAACGCCUGGAGAGGCGGCUGCUGGAUGAGCUGUACAAAAUAUUCAUGGACUCAGACUCCUUUUACUACAGCCUGACCUAUGACUUGACAAACAGUGUGCAGCGUCAGGGAGAUUUGGAUAAGUCCAGCUUACCCCUGUGGAAACAGGUGGAUGACCGUUUCUUCUGGAAUAAACAUAUGAUCCAAGACCUUAUUGACCUUCAGGUGCCAGAGGUGGACUUCUGGGUGAUACCAAUCAUCCAGGGCUUUGUACAGGUGGAGGAACUUGUUGUGAACUACAAUGAGACAUCUGAUGAGGAGAGGAGCAGCCCUGAGACCCCACCACAAGAGAUCACCUGUGUUGAUGACAUCCAUCCCCGCUUCACUGUGGCCCUGAUCUCCAGGCGUAGCCGUCACCGCGCAGGGAUGCGGUACAAACGCAGAGGAGUGGAUACCGAUGGCCAUGUGGCUAACUAUGUGGAGACGGAGCAGUUGAUCCACGUGCACAGCCACACUCUGUCCUUUGUGCAGACUCGUGGCUCCGUGCCCGUCUUCUGGAGCCAGGCUGGGUACCGCUACAAUCCCCGGCCUCGCUUAGAGAAAGGAGAGAAGGAGACCAUGCCUUACUUUGCUGCUCACUUUGAACAACAGCUUGAACUGUACAAGACGCAGGUCAUCAUUAAUUUAGUGGAUCAAGGUGGGCGGGAGAAGAUCAUUGGCGAUGCAUAUUUGAAGCAAGUCCUGCUUUACAACAAUCCAAAGCUCACUUAUGUUUCAUUUGACUUCCAUGAGCACUGCCGAGGUAUGAAGUUUGAGAAUGUGCAAAUACUGACAGAUGCCAUCUCUGAUAUCAUCACUGAUAUGAAGUGGGCCUGGGUGGAUCAGGCUGGUGUCAUUUGCAAGCAGGAGGGUAUCUUCAGAGUCAACUGUAUGGAUUGUCUUGACAGGACCAAUGUGGUCCAGGCUGCUAUAGCUCGGGUGGUGAUGGAGCAACAGUUGAAGAAACUGGGUGUGAUGCCUCCAGAGCAGCCUCUGCCUCUAAAAUGCUACAGGAUUUAUCAGAUCAUGUGGGCUAACAAUGGAGACACCAUCAGCAGGCAGUAUGCAGGAACCGCUGCGCUCAAGGGAGAUUUCACUAGGACGGGGGAGAGGAAACUGGCCGGUGUGAUGAAGGAUGGUGUGAACUCAGCCAACCGCUACUAUCUGAACCGCUUUAGGGAUGCAUACAGACAAGCAGUGAUUGACUUAAUGAUGGGCCUGCCAGUGACAGAAGACCUCUACUCCAUCUUCAGUAAGGAGAAGGAGCAUGAAGAGAAAGAGAAGGAGAGCCAGAGGGGAGUGCAGGAGCAGGUCAGCCUCCUGCUGCAGACCUACAUGCAGCUUUUGCUGCCUGAUGAUGAAAAGUUUCAUGGAGGAUGGGCCCUCAUCAAUUGUGACAUGAGCCUCAUUGAUGCAACGAAUAAAGAUGUGGAUGUGCUACUGCUUCUGUCUGACAAAGCCUAUUACAUUGCUUACUACGAUGAAGAAGCAGAUAAAGUCAACCAAUACCAGCGCCUCAAUUUAGAGGGUUUGGAAAAGAUCGAAAUCGGUCCAGAGCCCACUCUGUUUGGCAAGCCAAAGUUCUGCUGCAUGCGUUUGCAUUACAGGAACGAAGAGACGAGUGGAUACUUUCACACACUGAGAGCAGCCACACGAAAUCCUGAGGAUGACGGAAAAGACACAUUACAAUGCAUAGCUGAGAUGCUUCGCAUAACUAAACAGUCCACAGGGCUGGACCUGCUUGUGGUUGAAAAGAAGCUGGAGAGGAGGCAGAGUAAACCUCCUGAGGAUAUUAUGGGCAUCCAGAGCAAACCUGCUGACCAGGUCCAGGGUAGCUCUGGUCUGGCACAGGGCAAAAGUUUCCUCCUCAAUAAAUUCUCCUCUCUCAAUCAGAAAGUGAAACAGACCAAGACAAAUGUAAACAUUGGCCCCUUCAAACCCCUCGGGAAGCUGAGCAACUUCUCUAAGCCUGAUGUAAAAGUGAAUUUCCUAAAGCCAACUAUGCAUGUCAACCUUUGGAAGUCAGACAGCAGCUUGGAGACAUCAGAUAACAACCUUGGCACAGGAGCCCUGAAAGAUAUUGGUGACGAGCACUCCGAAAUUUCCUCCGACUCUGACUCCUAUAAUUCUGACCCAGAGCACCCGUGUUCUGGUUCUUUAGAAAACGUGGACUAUGUGCUGCCCAGCUGCGGCAUUGUAGCAUCAAACCCACGACUUGGCAGUCGUUCCCAGUCUAUUGGUAGCGUGGAGCUAAAUAUCCCCUCUGUUAUCCGGGUCACCAGCUGUGAGGGGAAGCAAGAAAACCCCUCUCAAGCCAGUGAUGACAAGUCCCCAGGGGCUGCCUCAGUGGCUGAAGAAGCCAUUCUGAUUGACUUUGGUACUCCUAUUGAUGCCUACUGCCACCAGUUUGUCCAGGACGCGCAGACCAAACCCGUUGAGGUGUUUGGAGAGCAGCCGCCAGCCGUUGUCCCCACACUCAACCCUGUGGUGCCUGUGCAGAAUAAGACCUCAGCAGACUUAGACAAGCACUCACGCUCUGAGCCACAGCAACCGCAGCAGGAGCCCCAGCUCCCCAGGCCAUCCCAACUAGACGUUGAGUCCACUACCUCCAGUUCCAACCUCCUCGCCGUCCAGAAACCGAGCUCUGCGGCCUCAGGAGGCUCUCAGAGGAGUCUGAGUUCACAGGUGGAGGGCAGCCUCGGCCCUUCACCUGCGGAUAGCAACGGCAGCCGAGUGGUGUCCCCCUUUGCCAAGAUCAAGAGCUCCAUGGUCCAGGUGGCCAGCCUCACCCAGGCUGGACUCACCCAGGGGAUCAGCUUUGCUGUUGCAAAGGUACAGAAAAGCCCCGAUCCAGACACUGUUACCGAAGCCCAAGAAAGUGAGCUGAAGGCAAUGUUUACGCAGUGCCAGACAAGGAUCAUUCAGAUCUAGUGCUUUCCUUGUAGCAGAAUUUUUGUAGUCGACUGUCAACUAGAAACUUUCUGUGUAGUAGCAGUAGCAAAAGCUUGCACAUAGCGUCACUACUCGGCCAAGAAAUGCGCUUGUAAAUUUCCUUCUUAGUUGAAGUUUCUCAUGUUAAUGACGACUCCUGUACAAAACUAACAAAUAUACGUUAAAGCCCAAGGUGACAGUGACCAUGUUUAUAUGCACAUUAUUAUGGAUUCCGUUACUAGUAAGAGAGCACUGAUUGUUUGGUCCUGCGUUUUGAUAUGAUAUCCCUUUUGCUAUCCAGCCUCACACACUGAUAAAAAUGCCAGGCCUUCUUUCUUUCUUUUAUGGUUUAAUAAUCAGUUGUCAUCAGUGCAUUCCCUCCCUAUAGAAAUUGCAGUAAUGGUAAUGCAAUGACAUUUCUGAUGUAAAUGUCUCAGAAUACUAGUACUAAUACUAGUACUACUAGUACUAGUAGAGUAUAAAAAUGGCAUAUAGAUAAAUUUAAUGAAUCUUGAAUCUGUUCUGAUCUCCGCGAGUCAAUCAGAAUGUUUGCUUAAAAUGAGUGUAUGUCUUAUCAUAUUUCCAUGAUAUUAUCAUUAUGAAUGCUUAAGAUUUAGAGAAUAUUUACACUCUGUGUACAUCCAGAGUGGUAUGGAUAGUAUUUUUCGUGCAUGUAAACAUGUCACUAUCCUCACUGAAAAGGUUAUUUUACCCGCAGUGCUUGCAUGUGAGGUUACAGGUAACGGCUGAUAUUGACAAGGCAGGUAAACGUAAGCUGCAUGUUGAAAGACCAACUCUGACUUUAUCACGUACUGUAUGUCAUCCUGUAUGUGCAGGUCAGUUAUUGGCAUUUGUGAUGUAGACCUCAUAAUAAGCUUCGGUUUGUACCAGUUGUUGUAGACUCCAACCAAAUAUCUUUUGUGACUUCCAAAGGACAACUCAAUGUUAACUAUUACCCUCUGUAUAGCUGUCAGAAACUAUCCAGACGACAUACUGUACGUAGUUACUCUAUGUAAUAUCAGUGUUGUCAAGUGUAACGUAGAAGAUAUACCGUUAUAGAAAUAAUGACUACACAAGACCUUAGUGAAAGUAUCCCGGUUGUCAAUAUGUACAGUGAGUAUUGUUUGUUCAUCUGUUCCCUGAGUAGAGCCUUCCUUUUAGCUUUUUUGUAUUGAUGGUAGGGCGGCAGCUUGUUCAAAGAGGUAUGAGCAUUAUAUUUUGAGAAGAAAGCCCAGUACUGUCAUUGCUAACCAUGAAUAACCAGAAAACUACUGGUUGGGGUUGUUUUUAAUAGAUAUAUGUAUUGAAAUAACUAUUCUGCUAUUCGGCUGUACACAUUAACGAUGAGGAUCUGUUCGAGUCCUCGGCCAGCGUUGUACAUUGACGUUGCAUGUUUGACAAAGACAGGAGAGUAGCAUAUAGUAGGUAUAUAUGCAAUUGCACCCACCCAAUUAUUAGAAACACUGACGCGUUAUGCACUCCACAGACUGAAAGCAUAUUUGCCUUAACAGGGAAUUGAAGUGGGAUUAUGUAUAUCAGGUAUUUAUGGCAAAAUCUACCUUUUUAAGUCCAUUCUGACAUGUUACAUUUGGUGUACUGUGUAAAACAUCAUAUUCAGGGUUGCUGUAUGUCAUCAAGCUUUAUCUUGGGAUAUUUCAUCAUUUUGCGUGUUAGCUGUGUGUAUGUGUUGUACAAAAUGUGUUUGUGUGUUGGAGUAUCUCUGCUGCUGCUGGUGUUCAGCGGUGCUCACCCCAGAGCCUUUGUUAUAUUUAUGUGGUAUGAAGCCAUAUAUGUUGUUGUGGUAUUUCCCCCAACCUCAAGAAGUGAGACUUUGCCUCAUUAGUCACCCGCUGUUGUCUUUCCAGUUGUUGUCAUUCAGUGAGAAUCUCCCACAUGACCUUGUUAUAGUUCUUAAGAAGAAAUAAUGAACCAUGGCCACCUUAUUCCACAACUCUGUAUGUUGGUGUCUAGUUAUGAGAAAUUAUAACAAUCUGGUUUGCUUCGAGCUGAAAUAUCCCAAGAUAAACUGUCAGACAUUUCAUAUUUUUGUGUUACAUUUGCCUGUUUUCAGCUUGCUCACCAGCAGAUACGAUUUGGAAUACUUGUAUAUUUUAUCUAAUUGUUUUAAGAGACUGUAGGCUGCUUCGUGGGUGCUACAUUAUAUAGUUAUUGAACCUGCUGAUAGUGUGUGGUGCUGCCAAAGCUUUAAGGUAAAAGCUGCAAUGCUUAGUAUUGAUGCAGAGGGUAAAAGCAGUUUAUGAAACUUUCCUUCAGGAUUGCAAACACUGGAGCAGAGCAGAAACUUGUUCUGUCCUAAACUGGCUGUAUUAAGCUCAAAGGAACAGAAAUCCUCAACAUUCCUGAUAAGAGACCACAAUGCUGGAGUGUUGGUGUCUGGUUUUUAUAUGCAAAAGCUGGCAGUUGUAUUUGAUCCUGUAUUUGCUGGGUGACAUUUUUCUCUUUUGUUUACACCAAGUGCUUUUGUGAACACCUCUUCAUUAGUUGUCUGCGGUUGUCCUCCCCUCCCUAUUAGGACCCCAGACCAUGACAAAGCGUCAUGUGACUCGAGGUCUUGAAGCAUUUGAUUUGCACUCUUAAAGCACAUUUUCUAGCAUUAGUAUCAUUCCAUCCGAAUGUCUGUGGUCAUGUCUCUCCUCUUAACAAACUGUCAUUGUUUUCCACAGUGUAUUGAGAUUGUAUUGUAUAUUAAAAGUAUCCUAUUUAUUCUUAUCCUCUUUGGGUGUGUUACUUGAUAACAAAGUGCACUGUACACUUUUUUGUUUAGGAAUAUAUUCCAUUGGAAUAAAAAGUAUGAGUGAAAGAG